AUGCUUGGUGAACGUCGCGGCGCUCUUAUCGUCUUCGAAGGAUUGGAUAAAUCCGGAAAAUCGACGCAGGCUAAAAGGCUGUUCGAGCACUUGAAGAAAACGAAUGGUGAAGGUUCUGUAAUACUUCAAGCGUUUCCAGAUCGCUCGGCCGUAUUUGGGCAGGUUAUUGAUCGCUAUUUGCGAAAAGAGAUCGAUUUGAGCGAGAAGGCGCUUCAUCUCGCGUUUUCAGCGGAUCGCUGGGAGAAAGAGAAAAUGAUACGCGAUUCGAUUGGCAACGGAAUCGACGUGAUUUGUGAUCGCUAUUGCUACAGCGGAGUGGCGUAUUCAUUGGCGAAAGGUCUCGACGCGAAUUGGGUUCGUCAAUCCGACGUGGGACUUCCGCGUCCCGACGUCGUCAUGUUUUUCGACGUCUCGCCGACGGUGGCGAGCCGUCGUGGCGGAUUCGGCGACGAGCGUCUCGAAUGUGAAACGCUUCAGACGAAAGUCACGAAGCGGAUGGAAGAGCUUCGCGCGGAUAAUUGGGUGACGGUCAACGCCGACGGCUCGUACGAUGAAGUGGAAUCGCAAGUUCGCAAAAUCUAUGAUAAUAUCGAUUUGGAGCAACCAUUGGGAUAUUUGGAGCAAAUUUGA